AUGGCUUCUGCCUUGCAGAGAGCAAUCUCGGAUGCUUCACAAGCUCUUCUCAAAUGGAAAGCCUCCCUUCAACCCCAGAGUCAUUCUGUCCUCUUUUCAUGGACACUAUAUCCUGUUAAUGCCAGCCACAAUUCUACUCAGCAUGCAUCGAAAAUGAGCCACUGUUCCUGGUAUGGAAUCUCUUGCAACCAUGCCGGAAGUGUCCAUAGGUUGAACCUGUCUAAUGCAAAUUUAAAAGGUACUCUCGAUGAAUUAUCAUUCUUAUCAUUUCCUCAUCUUGCGUAUCUUGAUUUUAGCAUAAAUGAACUUUUUGGAAUCAUCCAUUCACAAAUUAGUAAUCUUUCCAAACUGAAGUAUCUCGACUUAUCAACUAAUCAGUUUUCUGGGAAAAUACCGAUUGAAAUUGGUCUCCUAACUCAUCUAGAGACCUUGCACCUAGCUGAGAAUCGUUUGGAGGGUUCAAUUCCUACUUCUUUCGGAAAUUUGAGCAACUUGGCUUGGCUAUAUCUUUAUAAUAAUUCGCUUUCUGGUUUCAUUCCUCCAGAGAUGGGAAACCUCUCUAAUUUAGUUGAACUCUAUAUGGAUACCAAUAGCUUAACAAGUCUAAUCCCUGCCACUUUUGGUAAGCUUAGAAAACUAACUAUGUUGCACAUGUUCAAAAACCAACUUUUUGGUUCCAUUCCUCAGGAAUUAGGAAAUUUGGAGUCCCUCUCAGAUAUUAGUCUUCAUAGAAACAAUCUUUCAGGCUCUAUUCCAAUGUCUCUAGGUGGGUUGAAAAAUCUGACCACUCUUCAUUUAUACCAAAAUACUUUGUCAGGCUCUAUUCCCACUAAAAUAGGAAACCUACAAAACCUUCAGGAUUUAGAUUUGAGUGAAAAUCAACUCAAUGGUUCUGUUCCUGAUUCCUUAAAAAAUUUGAGCAACUUGCAGUUUUUAUGCCUCCGACAAAACAAUCUUUCUGGAACCAUUCCCCAAGAAAUUAGAUUCAUGAGGCUCAUUUAUUUGCAAUUAGACAGCAACCACUUCACUGGCCACUUACCCCGUAAUAUAUGUGUUGGUGGUUCUCUGGAGAGGUUCAGUGCCAAUGGCAACAAUUUUUCUGGCCCGAUUCCCAAUGGCUUGAGAAACUGCACAAACCUAACAAGGCUCCGUAUGGAAGGAAACAAUCUUCAAGGAAAUAUAUCUGAAAGUUUUGGAGUGUAUCCAAAGCUAGAACUGAUAGAUCUCAGUCAUAAUAAGUUCUAUGGUGAAAUUUCAUCUAUUUGGGGAAAGUGUCCAAAAUUAGGAACUCUAAAGAUGGCAGAGAAUCAUAUUACUGGAAACAUACCAGUUGAGAUUGGAAACUUAAUUCAACUAGGUAAACUCAAUCUUUCUUCUAAUUUUCUGGUUGGAUGGAUUCCAAAAGAAAUUGGAAAAUUGAGUCUGCUGGAGGAGCUGGUUUUGAAUGGGAAUCAACUUUCUGGUGCUAUACCUCCAGAAAUUGGGUCUCUCACAGAAAUUACCAGUCUUGACUUAUCCACAAACAAGUUGACCAAAUCAAUCCCUGCAACUCUUGGGAACUUGUUGAAAAUUCAUUACUUGAAUUUGAGCAACAACCAGUUUUCCCAGGAAAUUCCACCUCAGUUGGGGAAACUAAGUCUGCUGACAGAUCUGGAUUUGAGUCAUAAUUUCCUUAGCGGAGAGAUACCAUCUGAAAUCUGUGAUUUAGAGAGCUUGCAAGAUCUUAAUAUCUCCCACAACAACUUCUCUGGUUUCAUUCCUAGAGAAUUUGAGGAGAUGAACCUGUUGAAUAUUGACAUAUCCUACAAUGAGUUGCAGGGUCCAAUUCCCAACAGCACAGCCUUUCGAACUGCUACCAUAGAAGAAUUACAAGGGAACAAAGAUUUGUGUGGUGAUGUUAGAGGUCUGCGACCUUGUGGUACUUUAUUACCAGCAAAACAUGGCCUGCACAAGGGUUGGAAAAUCUUUCUCACAGUUUUUUUCCCUCUUCUAGGAGCUCUUGUUCUUUCAGUUGUGGUGAUUUGUAUACUUUUUAGUUCAAGAAGAGCAAAGAGAGACUCUCGCAAUCAAGAAAAUGAUAUGCAGAAUGAAGAAUUCCUUUGGAUAUCAGCUUUUAAAGGUAAAAAGAUGUAUGAAGAAAUCAUAGCAGCAACAAAGGAUUUUGAUGCCAGUCACCUUAUUGGGAAAGGUGGUCAUGGAAGUGUUUACAAAGCCGAGUUGUCACCAGGGAAUAUUGUUGCAGUAAAGAAAAUCCACUCUAUUUAUACUGGUGAUAUAGCCCAUCAAAAGGAGUUCUUGAGUGAAAUAAGGGCAUUGAUAGAGAUAAGACAUCGAAAUAUAGUGGAAUUUUUUGGUUUCUGUGUACAUUCGCGACACUCAUUCUUAGUGUAUGAGUAUCUCGAAAGGGGUAGCUUGGCAACAAUUCUAAGUAAUGGGGCAGAAGCCGCAGCGUUGGAUUGGAGUAAGAGAGUGAAUGUCAUAAAAGGUGUGGCACAUGCUUUGUCUUACAUGCAUCAUGAUUGCUUUCCACCAAUUGUUCAUCGUGACAUAUCAAGCAAAAACGUGUUGCUCGAUAAGGAAUAUGAAGCUCAUGUCUCAGAUUUUGGAACUGCUAAGCUUCUCAAGCGGGAUUCAUCCAAUUGGACUCAACUUGCAGGCACAUAUGGAUACAUGGCACCAGAACUUGCUUACACAAUGAAGGUGACCGAGAAAUGUGAUGUUUAUAGCUUUGGAGUGUUGGCAUUAGAAGUGAUCCGAGGGAAGCAUCCUGUGGAUAUUAUCUCCACUUUUUCAGGUUCAUAUGCCAACAUGAACAUAGAGCUUGAUGAUAUGUUGGAUCCGAGGCUUCAAUUUCCCUCCCUGGAACUUCAGAAUAAACUGAUUUCCAUCAUCGAUUUGGCUUUUUUAUGCUUAGAUGUAAAUCCACAGUCUAGACCAACCAUGCAAAAUGUGUCUCAGCUUUUGAGCAACUAAAUUCUUAUUGCUGAAGUAAUCACACUUGAUUAAUAAUUUUUGGCAGGUAUGUUUUUGAAUCAAUUGUUUGUAAGAAAGUUUA